UCGGCUGUUAGCUCCUGCGGUCAUCUCUUGUUGCUCCACGUUGACUGUAAACAGUAGCUAAAGUUGGAUUUUAGCAUGGAUUUCGAUAGUUUAUUUUAAUUAUUUAAUUUAAGAAGCAGUUUUUAUCGACUUUUUAGGUCAGAAAUGUGUCGUUGGAGCUCAUGGAAGUAGCUAGCGUUAAACUAAUGCUAGUGGACGGUAGCUAGUUACCUAGCAACGGCCAACCUCAAGCCAGCUGGCUGACGUUAGUUUAUCUCUGUGUAGUGAUAAUGUAAGAGACCUGACUUUAAUGAACACAAUGAUUAAGUGUUUGUCUAAAGAGGUUCAAGGGAAACUUCGCUCUGGUGUGGCUCUCCCGUCCCUUCAGCAGUGUGUCGAGGAGCUCAUCCUGAACAGCAUCGAUGCCGAGGCGACCUGUGUGGGAGUCAGGAUGGACAUGGAGGCGUUCAAAGUCCAGCUGAUCGACAACGGUGCUGGGAUAAACGCUGAGGACAUGGAGAACGUGGGAAACAGAUACUACACAAGCAAAUGCAGCUCUGUCGAAGACCUGGACAACCUCAGGUGGUAUGGUUUCAGAGGAGAAGCCCUGGCGAGUAUAGUGUCUCUAGCUACACUAGUUGAAGUCUCAUCCAGGACCAGAUGUUCAGUGAAAACUCUCGUCAAGAUCUUCAAGGAUGGCAAGGGCAUGGAUGUGUUUGAAGCAGACACUGCUCGACCCUCUGCAGGGACAACUGUUGUCAUUUGUAACUUCCUCCACAACAUGCCAGUCAGGAGGAAGAGGAUGGAUGCUGUCCUGGAGGGGGAGAGGAUCAGACACAGAGUUGAGGCUAUUUCUCUGAUGCACCCCUCUGUGUCUUUCACCCUGAAGAAUGACUGCACAGGAGCCAUGAUGGUGCAGCUUCCUAAAGCCAGAAACACCUACCACAGGUUUGUUCAGAUACACAGCCUCGGCAGAGCACAGAAACUUGGAGAAGUCAGCUACAGGCACGGACAGUUUGAAGUGAUGGGUCACAUAGGCAGAGAAGGCCACUACAACAACAGCCUACAGUUCCUGUAUGUGAAUGACAGACUGCUUCUUAAAACACGGAUACACAAGCUCCUGAACUUUCUCCUACGCAGACUGAGCGGUUCAAAUCAGAAAAAUGACAGUCCAGACGGGCAGUCUGCCAUCAGGAGCCCAAAGCACAAGCGAAGCCAAGAGCUGCAUGGAGUAUACAUCAUCAAUAUAAAAUGCUCUUACUCAGAGUAUGACAUAUGUCUUGAGCCUGCCAAAACUCUAAUAGAGUUCAAAGAUUGGGAUGGCAUUUUGCUAUGUAUGGAAGAGGCAGUGAAAACGUUCCUGAGCAGGGAGAACUUGGUGACUGUGAUUUCUCAAGAUGACUUGGACAGUGUACCUCCCGAAGCGUUUGGCGUUCACCAUACAGACCAAGAGGGGCAUAACUCAGGCAAUGGUGGCCUAACAACUAGCAGUGCCCCCACACUAGAUUGCAGUAUUGGAAUGAAACUGGCAUCUCAUCCUGUUCAUCGAAAGCGCAAAGAUGUCUGUGAGGACAAUGAUAAUUCGCAGGAGUCCAGUCAGAUGGAGUGCAAAGAAGAGGCUGAACAACAGGGGAAGCAAAAGAUGAAUGCAAAUGAGUUGGAGAAGAUAAAAAGUGAAGGAAGUGUAAACAAAGAAUAUAGAUCUGAGCCACUGUGUGAUCCCGCUAGACCUGAAGCUACAUCUGAUAAUAACAUUACUGAAGAAGAGGAGCCAACAUUCAGUGAAGCCGAAGAAGGCUCCCAAAUGUUAUGUAUGUCAAGUUCAGUCAGACAACUAGAAAGUGAAAAGCUGGAACUCUUGAAAGAAAAAGAGAUACCAUUAAACAAUACUACCUCAACCAGCAACGUGACUUCACUAGAUGGCAUCACUCAACUAAUUCAGCCUGAUAUAGAAAGUACUGAGCAAAUACUACCUGACUGCCAGGGUGCAACAGGACAUGAAUAUACUUUAGUAAGUAACAGAAAGAUCACUCUGUGUGAUCCAUACAUUCAUGAAACUCUGAUGACUCAGGACCUGCCCCAAAUCAACAAGUCAGUAUUUCAUCAGCAAAUAUUAGCGCAGAAAUGUGAAGAGAGUUCCUUUGCAUCAAAACGCAAGAUCUCACUGGAAGCAGGCUAUGAUCGAACUUGUCAGAAACAACACUUCAAUCCUAUCAUUCCCUCAAAGAUUCCCAGAAUUUCAACUCAUCAAAAGUUGUUUUUAUGUAAAGAGUCUGGAUCCCUUGAAAAGUUUCGGAGAAUAUAUGGUAAAUCGGAUGAACUGAAAUUACCCUCUCAACAGACUCAUCAAGAGAAUAAUAGAGGACUUCCUCAGACAGACAGUUUUGUGUUGAAUUCCCAGAAUGUGUUGGUUUGCCAGAAAGAUCAGCAAGAUGGUGGUGUUACAGAAACAGAAAAAGAGGAGACACGGAGAAGCCUCCAAAGCCCACCAACCAUCUCAGCGUUCACCAAGUUAAAAUCGGUCUCAUUGCAGAAUACAGGCAAAAAAUCUUUGGCAGCUAAACUUUGCCAUUUGAAACACCACAAGACAGACAAUUUAAAAGUGUUACCACACCUGUCCAGGACCACCUCACAGGACAACACUUGUCUCAGUAGCGGUAAUGAUGGCGCCCAAGACAGCAUUAACAACGAGAAUCACUGUGACACUGCACUGAAUCCUGAUCCAGUCACAGGUUGCAGCCCAAAUCCUCUGCUGGCUGAGAGGGAAGAGGCUACAGCAUCAGGCAACUGGCUUCAUCACUACGACACAUCUGUGGGAAAGACAGUUUAUGUCAACAAAGUGACCGGGCUCAGCCGAUAUGAAGACCCACAUACCGAAGAAACACAAGUGCGCUGCACAUCUGAUGUCACCAAUAUGGCAGUUAGCGUCAUCUCUGAAAUGGGGAUGGAAUACAGAUGUUACCCAUUUCAGGUGGAUCUAGUGUUGCCCUUCCUACCUAAAUCCAGGACAGAAAGAGUGAUUAGUUCAGGGCUUGAUGACAGAGAUGCCAAUGUUGAGAGCUCCAACUCACUCACUUCGUUGUACUCAAAAUGGAAUAAUCCUGUGUUUGUCCGACCUCCUACGGUUGGUGUGGACAUAACAAGCGGGCAAGCUGACGAAUUGGCUGUCAAGAUCCACAACAUCCUGUUUCCAUACCGUUUUUCUAAGGCCAUGAUUCACUCAAUGAAGGUUAUUCAUCAGGUGGAUAAGAAGUUUCUUGCAUGUCUUAUCAAUACAAGAGAUGAAGAGCCUGCAGCACCCACUGAAACUGAAGGAAACCUUCUGGUGCUGGUGGAUCAACACGCUGCACACGAGAGAGUUCGACUAGAGAAUCUCAUUGCAGAUUCCUAUGAGGAUGACCCAGGUGCUCCAGGGGAGAGACGUCUGUGUUCAUCAACCAUUUUGCCACCUCUCGAGAUCAGUGUAACAGAAGAAGAGCAAAGGCUGCUCAGGUCUUGUCAGUCACAUUUGCGGACUUUGGGCCUGGGAGUGAAGUUCUCACAGGCAGCCGAUCCACACGUUUUUGUGGGGAAGGUACCGCUGUGCUUCAUGGAAAAGGAGAGCAAUGAGCUCAGGCGGGGGAGACCAUCUGUUAUCAAGCCUAUUGUUGCAGAGUAUCUUCAAGAGCAGAUUGAGUUACUCCGCUCAACUGGUAGAGUGAGAGGAACUCUGCCUCUAACUGUGCUGAAGGUGCUAGCCUCCCUAGCUUGCCAUGGUGCCAUCAAAUUCAAUGACAGCCUGAGUAGAGAUGAAUGCUGCAGCUUAGUGGCAUCCUUGUCCUCCUGCCAGCUGCCCUUCCAGUGUGCCCACGGCCGUCCAUCCAUUGCUCCCUUAGUAGACACCCUCCAUUUGGACAAAGACGACAAGGAAUUACAGAAACCAAACCUCCAAAAGCUGAGAAGAAUGCAUAAAGCAUGGGAACUAUAUGGAAAUGGAUAAGUGGGUGUGUAUUUUAUUUUAAAUGUGUAGUUUAUUGUCAACAAAAUGAAUUGUAACUCAUAAAAAUGAUUUUAUUAAAUUGCUCAAAUAAUCAAAUUCCUCCCCAAA